AUGAAUAAAAUAAUAUUGUCAAUAGUGUUUACUACUCUGUUGAUUGCUUACAUCGUGAUAGACAUAGCUUUUAAUGAUGAACUCUGGGAUGUUAGCAAGUCGUUUGCGAUAUCAAUGCAAAAAACUAUUCCUCUUUUCGAGCAGCUAUUUUAUGAAUUCUUCUCAGACAUUGUCAUCAUUCCACCAAUAGCAGCAUUUUAUUGUUUCGUAUAUGACGACAAUAAAUUAAAUGCAUUGCUUUAUUUGGGUGUUGUAAUAACAAGUGUAACAACAAAUGAGAUUUUAAAAAACAUUUACCAUUAAGCAAGACCAUACAUGAUUGAACCUGAAAUUAGGAGUUUAAAAUGCAACUCAGACUACGGUAAACCAUCGGGACACUCUCAAAACUCUAUUGUUAUGCUUAUUCUUAUGCCUGUGUUGCUUUUCCCAUCAAUUAGAUAACUAAGAAGGCAUAGAAUUUAGGUUGAUUUUUAAGAUAAUAAUGAGAAAGUAGAACCUCCUACAGGGUAUACAAUAUAUACUGAGAAAAAUUCAGAGUUAGGAAAUAGUUAAUACUAAGUAAAUACCAAUCUUUAAUCUAAAUUUAAAAUUGCAAUGAAAGUGAUCCUAAUAUUAUUCAUCCUUUUAAGCAUAGUGUUGACUGGAAUAUCUAGAGUAUUUCUUGGAGUUCAUUCUUUAGGAUAAGUACUCCUUGGUUGGGUUUGGGGCCUAUAUAUAACUUUAAUGUAUAUUUUUGUAAUUCAUGCAUCAUUAAGAGAAUACAUAUUAAAUUUGGUAAAUCCCAAAAGGAGUAGAUUAGAGGAAAUGAAUCAUAUUAUUCCUAUGGCAUUUUUCCUAUUGAUAGUUUUAUUGGGAUUAUCCUUGGGAUUAUUAAAAAUGAAUUCAUUAUACUAUUAUGAUAAAAACGAUAUGAGUAAAUGGAUAGCAAGAAUCAAUGAAUGCAAAUCAACUCAUUACACUAAGGAAUCCCCUUAAAUAUUAUAUAAUUCCUGUUUUUAGUUUACAGGAGUAGGAGCUCUAAUUACUGGAUUAUUAGUUGGUGCUGUGUUAGUGUAGGGUUCUUAUGAAGAAGGGCUCUUUAAUAAGUGGAAGAAAAAGCUUUCAACAUUAUACCAUCUUAAGAGAUUCCUCCUAUUAUUACUUCCUUUUGUAAUUUUAAUACCCUUCUUAUUCAUUUCGUCUAAUUCUGUGGUUUUACAGAUGAUAUGCAAAAUACUUCCAUUGUGCUUUGGAGCAGGAUUUAUUGUCAAUGGAGCAUUUCCAUAUCUUUUAAGAAGAUUUAACUUACAAAUCCCUGGAGAUUUUCUAUUUUUCUGCCAAAGAAAAUAAUUAGAUGACGAAUAAAGUUAAGAUAGCUUGUAUUAAUAAAUAAAAGAGUAUAAUGAUUAAUAUUAAAUUAAGCUUUGA